AUGGGCGGGGGAGGGAUGGGCGCAGGUGCCAUGGGGGGAGCGGGGCUAGGUCCGUUUGGGGGGAUGGGGGCGUUGGGGGGGCUGCCAGGGAUGCAAGGGGGCGCGCCUGCAGGCCUGGGCGGGCUGGGCUUGGCACCAGCAGGAGGAGCAGCACGAGCAGCGGCAGCAGGGCGAGGGGCGUCCCAGGCGAAUCCGCUGGGCGCCAUGAUGCAGCAGGCCCUGGCUGACCCCGCCCUGUCGCAGCUCAUGCAGGGCUUUGCUGCUGGCGCUGGUGGCAUGGGGGGCUCUGGGGGACCGCUGGGGGGAGGGGUGAGAAGGGCAGGCGCAGGGAGAGGUGGGGGGGAUGGGGGAGGCGCGGAGCUUGACCUGGGCGCGUUGCUGGGGGGAUUGGGGGGGAUGGGGGGUAUGGGGGGGAUGAGUGGUGGUGGGGGGAGUGUUGGGGGGCAGCAAGGGGGGAUGGGUGGUGGUGGGCUUGACUUGGGGGCGCUGCUGGGAGGGUUGGGCGGACCGGGAGGGGGAAUGAUGGGAGGGGGUAUGGGAGGGGGCAUGGGAGGGGGCAUGGGAGGGGGCAUGGGAGGGGGCAUGGUGGAGGGAGAGGAGUUGGAUUUCGGGCAGAUGAUGGCUGACGUCAUGCCCAUGGUGUCACAAAUGCUGGGCGGCAUGGGCCUGGGCGGCAGAGGCAGCGGCUUGGGCGGCGGCAUGGGCGGGGGCAUGGGUGGUGGGCGGAGGAGCACGGGGGGUGGCAGGCGUGUGGAGGAAGUAGAGGAGGAGGACGACUGGAAGAACUCUCUCUCUCAGGAGGAAGCGGCAGAGUGGGCGGCGAUCAUGGAGGAGGACGAGAAGCGCCAGAGGGACAUGCCACGUCAGCGCCCCUUCAGUGACGCGUACUGGCGCGGGCAGCGUGGCAAGGCACCCCACCAUCGCACCGACACGGCAGCACAGCUGCUGCAAACGGGCGCCCCUCCUUCUGCAGUGCUGGCUGCGGCCGCUAAAGCUGCUUCCACUGCCGCUGCUGCUGCUGCGGGGGGGGGAGAGGAGGGGCGGCGAGGGGCUGGGAUGCGGGGAGCAGUGGAGAGGAAGGAGAGGCAGGAGCGAAUGAGACUCGCUGCUGAGGCUGUAGCGGCAGACGAGGCGGUUGUGGAGCCUUACACCGCCCUGCUGGCUCGGGACCUACAGGCUCGCCUCUCCUCCGAUCCGGAUGCCCAGGGUCGGUUGAGCUUGCAGCAAAUCGUGUCGUCGGACAAACAGCCAGGCGAUGUGGCCUCUACUUCAAAUCCCCCCAGCUGA